GUUUGUUGUUGAAACGUGUAAGGGUUGUAACUUAACGUAAGAAUUUUCUUUGGAGAUUUUUCAUUUUAAAUUGAAAUUAACAGGUGUGUAGUACUACUGCCAUCAUAUUGAAAUUAAUAGGUGUGUAGUACUACUGCCAUCAGAUUCUGAACGGGAGGUGGAGAGAAAGACUAGUCAGGAUAAGAUGCAGAGGCAAUUUUAAAAUGUUUUCGUGAUUAUAAGAUUAGCUUGGAUUCGAAUCAAUCUCUAGUCUAGACUGUCGAUAUCUAAAAUGUCACGAUACAAUUUACCACUACCACAGCAUAGUUUACGCCAGAAAACGGCGUCCAGUUCGAAUAUCAUCUCAAUACCCAUGAUGUCUGCUUCAAGUCCAGAUUCGAUCCAACAGAAAAGUAGCGUCACCGUCUCAUUGAUGUGUUUUGAUAUAAGUCACACAUCUACAACUGUUCAAUUCUUACUCCUUACAUCGGCUACUUUCUUCUUUUACCUUAUUUAUGGAUAUAUGCAGGAACUGAUAUUUCGCCUGGAUGGUUUCCGUCCGUUUGGGAUGUACCUGACGUUAAUCCAGUUUGCUUGUUAUGUGAUAUUUGGUGUUUUGGAACUCCAGUUUAAAGAAGACAAAACACGAAAAAUACCAAUAAAGACGUAUUUCUUCCUAGCAUUUUUAACCGUCAGCACAAUGGGAUUAUCUAAUACAUCUGUUGGAUAUUUAAACUAUGCCACUCAAGUUAUAUUUAAAUGUUGUAAAUUGAUACCAGUUUUAAUCGGUGGAAUUUUGAUACAAGGAAAGAAAUUUAAUAUAAUCGAUGUAUCAGCUUGUGUUUGUAUGAGUUUAGGGCUAAUAUUAUUUACGUUAGCGGAUAGUACCGUCUCCCCGGAGUUUAAUUUAUAUGGAAUCAUAUUGAUAUCAUUAGCCGUAUGUGCAGAUGGAGUUAUAGGAAAUGUCCAGGAGAAGACAAUAAAACAGCACGGUGCCAGUAACUGUGAAGUGGUAUUAUAUUCAUAUGGUAUAGGAUUUCUGUAUAUAUUAAUAUUUCUCAUACCAUCCGGUCAACUAUUACCAGCUUUCAAGUUUUGUCAAAAGCAUCCUAUAGAGACAUAUGGUUAUGUUGUUAUCUUCUAG